AUGGUGGAUGAGGUGGUGUACAGUUUAUGGGGGUCGAAAGAAUGUGAGUGGUCUGCAAAGAAUUCAGAGGGUCGAUCGGGGGGAAUUCUCACAGUCUGGAACAAAGACAAUAUUACGCCAAUACUAAGCUUUAGGGGGAAGGGAUAUCUGGGGGUGAAGGCUUGGAGAAAAGAUAAGGUGAUUUACUUUAUAAAAGUUUAUUCGCCUUGUGCUCUGAAUGAGAAGAGGAUGUUAUGGAGUGAACUACUAGUCUUAAAGAACAAGUAUGGUGAUGGUGAGUGGAUUAUGGGGGGGGGGGAUUUUAACGCUGUAAGGGAGGUAGAGGAAAGAUGGGGAAGAAGUGCUAAUUCGAGACAAACAGAAAUAGAGGAAUUCAACACUUUUAUAGAUUGUAUGGAACUGCUUGAUGUACCGGUAUUAGGGAACAAACAUACAUGGAUCAAUUCUAAUGGCACUGCCAGUAGCCGUUUAGACAGAUUUCUAUUGUCUGAAGAAAUUGUACAGAGUUGGAAUGUUAUGGCACAACGGUUUGGAAACAGGGACAUCUCAGAUCAUAGGCCGAUAUGGAUCUUAACAAAUAAGCUUAACUGGGGUCCAAAGCCAUUUAAAGUCUUCAAACCAUGGUUUGAACAUCCAUAA